UUUGCCACUUUCUGCGGUCGAAAAACUCAGACAGGAUCAACUUCUGACCGGAGUUUAACCGGCCCGGCUUCGGUCCCGCAACAUCGGUCCCCCUGGUGCGUUUGUGCGCUUUUACGCGGUGCGGGGAGCCGAUCACCGUCCCCCCCCACACGGCACGGACACAUCACCCACCACAGGGCGGGGGUUGGGCAUUUUUCCUCUUCUUUUCCGCUCACACACCCCCUACUCAGCAGCAUCCCGACCAGAUUCCCAUUCAGUUCCAGAGCGAUCGAGCCACAGGUUGCAGCCCAGCAGCAGCUGAAGGGGCCCCAACAUGCCCAGCAGGAGCCAGGUCGUGCGUCCGCGGCUGUGCGCGCUGCACAAGGGGGACAACGGAUACGGCUUCCACCUCCACGGGGAGAAGGGCAAGACGGGCCAGUUCAUCCGCCUGGUGGAGCCCGACAGCCCGGCCGAGGCGGCGGGGCUGCGCGCCGGGGACCGGCUGGUGUUCGUGAACGGGGAGGACGUGGAGAGCGAGAGCCACCAGCAGGUCGUGGCCCGGAUACGAGCCACCGCGGGCCGCCUGGAGCUGGUGGUGGUGGACCCCGAGACGGAGCUGCUGCUCAAGAAGCACCGGCUCAAGUGUCUCAAGGAGUACGUCUCCGAGGGGCUGCCCCUGCCCCUCCAGGACGGGGAUGGAGAAGGAGAAGUGGAAGGAGAAGGAGGAGAGGAGGAGGUGGAGGAUGGAGAGGGGGAGAUGGACAGGACACAGAACGGGGAUGUGAAGCGGGAUGAGGUGGAGGAUGUGGAGGCGGUGGUGGAGGUGGUGGUGGUGGAGAAAGUGGAGGAAGUGGAGCAACAGGACCUGGAUCAAGACCAGGACCUGGAUCAAGACCAGUACCAAGACCAGGAUCAAGUCCAAGACCAGGAUCAAGACCAGGAUCAAGUCCAAGACCAGGAUCAAGACCAGGAUCAGGACCAGGACCACGACCAGGACCGGGAACAGGACCUGGGCCGGGACCAGGGCCGGGAAGGGAAGCCCAGGGAGCCCACGCCCGUCCCAGAGACUAACGGAGAAACCCACCAGCUCCUCCAGAAGAAGCUGAGCAUCAACUCGGAGAAGGAGGCGUCCACCGAGCUGCGGCCACGUCUCUGCGUGAUCCAGCGAGGCCCCAACGGAUAUGGCUUCAACCUGCACAGCGAGCGGGCGCGGCCGGGCCAGUACAUCAGAGCUGUGGACGAGGACUCUCCAGCUGAGAGGGCCGGCCUGCAGCCCGGGGACAGGAUAGUGGAGGUGGGCAGCAUGCCCGUGGAAGGGAAAAUGCACUCGGAGGUGGUCGCUUUCAUCAAAGCGGGCGGUAAUGAGACCCGACUGCUGGUGGUGGACCCCGACACGGACACCUUCUUCAAGAGGUGCAGAGUGAGCCCCAGCGCCCACCACCUGACUGGUCCACUGCCAGAGCCUGUGAUCAAUGGAGGGAUGGAAGUGAAGGUGAACGGCAGUGCAACCACAGAGCCGGGGAGAGACUCCAAGCUUUCAGUGAGUCCUUCUCCUUCAAACGCCUCAUCCAACGCAUCACUGACGACCCCCACUGCAAGCACCCCACCUGAGUGUGGGAUGUCAGAUGCCAUCCCCGCGCUCAGCCUCACCCUGCAGCAGGUCAAAGAGCUCGCCCACCAGAAGCGCUCCAACAAGAGAGCUCCGCCCAUGGACUGGACCAAGAAAAACGAACUCUUUAGCAACCUAUAGGACACCUCACACAUGUUUUUGGUUUAGGGAUUCUUCCAGAAAGGCAUCAGAAUAUUUUUUCCUUAAUUAUUAUGGCAUUUAAAGAGAGACACCAGGCAAAUUUGAAGCUGUUUUGUAAAAUAUAGUAUUUUCCUUAUUACUACUUCCUAUGUUAUAACCCAUAUAUUAGACUGUAUAUGAAUGAUGUGCUACUAACCAGAGACAUGCAUAUGCCAAUGAAAGAGAUCAGGACAUGUUCAAAUUCUGUACAUGGUUUUCUUUUGAAUGUGCGUGUGUGUGUGUGUGUGUGUGUGUGUGUGUGUGUGUGUGUGUGUGUGUGUGUGUGUGUGUGUGUGUGUGUGUGUGUGUGUGUGUGUGUGUGUUUGUGUGUGUGAGAGACGCUGGCUGUUCCUGCUGAGCUCGGUGCGUGUGGAAACAUGAAGACGUUGACUGUCAUGUUGAGUUUAGUGAGCCUUUCUUCUGUCGCAGUCAUUCAAAAAAAAAAAGGUGUCAUCUGUUAGAACCCCCAACCACCUGACAAUCAGUUCAUUUAUCACUAAUUUACCUUUUGAAAUUUUUAGGCAGACAUGCAUCUUAGUUUCAUUUAUUUUUAUUCGUGCAGUUUUUCCCCUUUUUGGACUUUCUUGUGUUUAAGUGUGAGAGACAAACUUAUGAUAUUUUAAACAUUAUUCUAAAAUAAGGAAAACGUUGCUUUCUCAUAAAAUUAUUUUUAACAUGAAUUUCCUGUUGUGGGAAAUAAUUACUGAUGGCUUUAAACUGGAAAUAAUUAUAUUUUAAUAAGCAUUCUAAUAUAAUAUAUGUACGUAUGUAUGUGUACCAUGUUUCUUGUAUAUUUUUACACUUUGGUCUUAAAUUCUACUGAUGCCAUUCAUGUGAACUAUAGUGCAACAAACAUUUGCAUCACUCAGAUUAGCUAUCCCUUGUAACUGUGCACCGCUGCUCAGUUCACACAUUUUCAUUUUAUUUGUUUUUGUUUUUAAUUGCUGCAACCAAAAUGAGGAAAGUUUUUUUUUAUUUAGAUUUUUUUGUUUGUUUCUACUGAUAAGAAAAAAAAGAAAGAAAAUAUAAAGAAAGGUUUAUUUACUGUUUCUAUCAUGUUCACCAGUGGGGAUGUCUGUGCUUCAGCUGAUUGAGGAAAUGUUUUACACUUUUAUUGAGGAAAGUGAACGUCUUUAGACAUAAGAAGAUUUUUUUAAAGUUUAUGUAUGCAAUGAUCAAUUUCCGUUCUGUAAUGUAUCAGUCAUCACAACUUUAUCCUGUUAUUUGAGAAUAAAUUGAAAUAUUCUCCAGUACUCGUACUUAUGUUUUACAAGAAACUUCUGAUAACUGAUGGGACUCUGCAUGCUGCUGUGAGCAAUGAUCAUAUUGUAAUUACUUGUGAUGGUUAUUGAAAGUCUCUAAAACUUUUACAUCUUUCUAUAUUCUUGCAAAAAAAUUGAAAUAAAUAAGUGAUGCAUUAUUGCACAA